UCAGCUGAUAUGGGAAAAUUCUCUGGGAAAAAAUGUCGCUUGCUGUCGAUGUUAUGGCUUACGACGUUUUUCUUCUUCGUAGAAAUAGUCGUAGGUUAUAUAACAAAUUCAAUGGCCUUAGUGGCAGAUAGUUUUCAUAUGUUGAGCGACGUCGCAGCAUUAGUUGUAGCUUUUUUAUCCGUUAAGUAUAAUAGUAAAUUUAUAAGUUUUUAUGAACUUUCAGAACAUGGUAGUUCCCAUGGUCAUUCACACGGAAGACUGUCGCAUAGUAGAAAUAGACUAACCCAACUAGCGAUAACGGACGACAACGAAAACGACGAAACGUUUCCUAGUCCUCCUCCACCGACGACCCAAUUAGGCGAGAAAGAGCUGACCCACAGUCAUUCAUCUGGUCAGAUGAACAUGCGCGGAGUUUUUUUGCACGUUUUGUCUGAUGCUCUCGGUUCGGUUAUUGUGAUAGUAUCUGCGUUAGUAUUUUGGUUAACCGACUGGAAAUAUAAAUAUUACAUUGAUCCAGCUCUCAGUAUUCUUUUAGUUUUAUUAAUCUUGAAUUCGGUAUGGCCGCUAUUAAGAGACUCGGCACUUAUUUUGCUUCAAACGGUUCCGACUCACAUUCAAGUCGACGCUAUCCAAAACAGACUGUUGUCGAAAGUAGACGGCGUUCUGGCAGUCCACGAAUUCCACGUCUGGCAGCUGGCCGGCGAUAGAAUCAUUGCUUCAGCUCAUAUCAGGUGUAGAAAUCUUUCUGAGUACAUGAAAAUCGCAGAAAAGGUGAAAGAAUUCUUCCACAAUGAAGGGAUUCAUUCGACAACGAUCCAACCGGAAUUCAUAGACUACACGGAUAUACCCACCACUUCGAGGGUACAGGAACCUAUGACCGAAGAUUUAAAUUCUAGAGGCAGCUAUUAUAUCCAUAGCUGCCCACAGUUAAGCAGCUAUCCACCAAAAACCAAUUCGGUAUGUAAAGAUGUAAAGGGUGAUGUGGAGCACUUCAAAUGUUUCUGGUUUAUGCAUGAACGAAGUGGUCUAAACCUUGAUUUUUAA